AUGAGUGAGCUUAGAGAUUUGAGGAAGCAAGAACAGCAGCUGCGGAAUACUCUCGAGUCCGUAAGCCAGUUCAAGAACAACUACAAACCGGAAGUGCAUGCUGGGGAACUUGUGACUAGGAUCGAGAUGUUGGAUGCAGCGAUGAAGAAAUUUUACGUUGUUCGGAGGAAAAUUGAGCUGAUUCUUGAGGAGACUGAUGAAGAGGAAGUGGUGGCUGUGAAGGAGACUCCGGAGGAGAAGAAGGCUCGCCUGUCUGUAUGCACUGACGAACGUAAUGCUGAGAAUGCGCAUAUAUCCAAGGAGGUCGAAGACAUGUACUGUAACUUGAAGUCUUCCCUAAAAGCUCUGCUGCCGAAGCCAGUGGAGUCAAAAGUGGCCGAAACUCAGCAGAACGUCCCCGUACAGCAGCACACCAACGCACUGUCUCACGUGAAGCUACCGGAAAUUAAGCUGCCCAGCUUCGGAGGUGAACUUUGCGAAUGGGUCACAUUUCGUGACAUGUUCCUGAGUUUGAUUCACAACAACGAUCAGCUCACAGAAAUGGACAAAUUUAGCUAUCUUCGUUCUUCGCUGUUCGACAAGGCGUUGCUGGAGAUUGAGACGGUCAAGAUGUCCUCCGAAAACUACUCUAUUGCGUGGGAUUUGCUGCAGAAAAAAUACGAGCACAAAAAGCUCAUCGUGAAGGCUCAUCUUGACGCGUUGGUUGCUUUAGAACCGAUAAAAAAGGAGAGUUACAAUGCCUUGAAUCACCUCAUCAGCGAGUUUGACCGAAACCUUCAAAUGCUGGACAAAAUCGGGGAGGACACUGCACAGUGGAGUACCGUUCUAGUGCACAUGGUGUGUUCCAGAUUAGAUCCUGCCACUAUCCGUCACUGGGAAAAUCAUCACAAGUCCAAAGAGGUGCCCAAAUACACGGAUUUGGUCGAGUUCUUAAGAAGCCAGUGCUCGAUUCUCCAGGCGGUCAAAUCCAACAACCCUGAGGUGAAGAAGCAGAAGUUUACAACAGGUCACGCGUUUGUGCAGGCGAAGCAACAACAUCAACAGCAACAGCGUAGGUGUCCGUUCUGUAAGGAGUAUCCCCAUUCAGCUUUUAGGUGCCAGAAGUUUCAGCAAAUGACUGUCCAAGAACGUUACGAAGCAGUCAAGCGAAACGGGCUGUGCUUGAAUUGUUUGUCGCCGUUGCAUCUGAUUCGGAACUGUACAAGUCGCCCCUCCCCCUCGAACGCAAUUGCAUUAUCAACUACAACCGAACAACCAUACCGCCAAGUUCUGCUCUCAACGGCCGUAGUGCGUCUUACUGAUCGCUACGGAAACACUCAAUACGCGAGAGCCCUGCUGGACUCUUGCUCGGAAUACUGUUUCAUCACGACGAACCUUGCCCAAAAGUUGAAGCUGGUCGAAGCUGCCAGCUGCCUGUCUGUCGCAGGCAUCGGAGGUUCGGUGGUACAGUCAACGAAGGUCGUAGAAGCAACAGUAUUUCCGCGAUCUCUGCGUAUCUCGCCGUACUCGGACAACAUUCAGCUGCACGUGCUGCCGAAGCUCACGUCUAGACUUCCAACUGAGAAGAUCAACGUGCAACAGCUGAACAUUCCAGAUGAUCUCAUGCUCGCGGACCCCGAGUUUUACAAGCCUGGUCCGAUUGACAUCAUCUUAGGCGCAGAGUUCUACUACGAUCUACUGGCAGAUGGAAGAUUGAAGCUCUCAGAUGAAGGACCCACACUUCAGCAUACCGUGCUAGGUUGGGUAGUUUCCGGCAGGAUUCCCAGCAGCUACAGCAACAUUCCGAAAACGCUUGCGUAUUCCUGUCACAACGUCGACCUACGAGAGCUAGUCAGCAGAUUUUGGGAUUUGGAGUCUUGCAACACCCGGAGCGCACACUCCGUAGAGGAGUCGAUGUGCGAGGAGAUUUUUGCGAAAACAACAGUUCGAGAUGCAGAAGGCAGAUUUGUAGUUCAGCUGCCGAAGAAGGAUUACGUAAUGGAAAGAUUAGGGGACUCCAAGGACAUCGCUCUGAAACGGUUGGAAGGCAUGGAACGUCGGUUCGUAGUGAACAGCACGCUAAAAACACUGUACACCGAGUUCAUUCAGGAAUAUCUAGCCAUGGGACACAUGGUGGAAGUGCCAGAGGAUGAUACUGCUCAGCGCACGUACUUUCUACCUCACCACGCAGUAUUAAGACCGGAGAGCACAACAACAAAACUCAGAGUCGUCUUUGACGCCUCUUGCCGCACAACUACGGGUGUUUCGCUGAACGACGGACUGAUGGUUGGACCAGUCGUCCAGGACGAUCUGUUGCCGAUCAUUCUACGGUUCCGUUGCUGGAAGUACGCGCUGGUUGCGGAUGUAGCAAAAAUGUAUCGUAUGGUGCGGAUGGACGAAGCAGAUCAACCUCUUCAACGGAUUUGGUGGCGUGACAACCCUAGCGAUCCAGCCAAGGCCUACCAGUUGACCACAGUAACCUAUGGCACUGCGUCGGCGCCUUACUUGGCUACCAAAUGUCUCCAGCAGCUAUCCGUAAUCGGACAAGAAAGCCAUCCCUUGGCGGCGAAAGUCGUUGGGAGAGAUUUUUAUGUUGAUGAUCUUCUGUCGGGAGCAGCAACCAUCGACAAUGGGAUAGCGCUCGUCGAGGAACUUGUGGAUCUUCUGGACACGGUGGGUUUUACCCUACGAAAGUGGACUUCGAACAGUUCAGAGAUUUUGGAAACCAUUCCGCCGGAGCUUAGGGAUGAACGAAAUAUCUUGGAGUUGGAUUCAUCUUCGUCGUUCGUCAAAACAUUAGGAUUGAUUUGGGAGCCUGGCACGGACAGCUUCCGAUUCAAGGCACCGAAGUGGAAAUUGGAAUCGCAAAUCACCAAGAAGGUGGUUCUCUCGGACACCGCGAGCAUUUUUGAUCCAGUUGGACUCAUCGGACCUGUUGUCGUGCAGGCUAAAAUAUUCAUCCAGAAGCUUUGGCAGGAGAAGUACGGUUGGGAUCAAACCCUGGCAGAGGACCAUCGAAACUACUGGUUGGAAUAUCGUCGGAAUCUGAUGGCGCUGGAUACACUCCGUAUUCCCCGUUGGAUUGGUUUUAGUGGAUGCUUGGCAAGCGUACAGUUUCACGGUUUCUGUGAUGCUUCACAACAAGCUUACGGAGCUUGUCUGUACCUGCGAGCAGUUCAGGUCGACGGACUGAUCACGCUGCACUUGAUCACGUCGAAGUCCAGAGUUGCGCCUCUUGAAGACCUAGCUCGGAAGAAGAAGAAGCGUGACAUCACUCUACUCGAACUAUCAGCAGCACUACUGCUCUGUCAUCUCUAUGACCUGGUCCGUCGUAGCAUUCAGCAGGAGAUUCAAGCAUUUUUCUGGACGGACUCGAUGAUAGUGCUCUGUUGGUUAGCUUCACUUCCGUCCCGCUGGAAACCGUUUGUCGCUAACAGAGUCUCGGAGAUCCAACACGUCACCGUAGACGGCGUGUGGUCUCACAUCGCCGGAGUAGACAAUCCCGCUGAUAUUAUUUCACGUGGUUGUACCCCGGCCGAGUUGCUGUACAAGCCAGAAUGGUACGGUCGUCUGCAAUAUUUACUUUUGGAACAAGAACAGUGGCCAAAGCUCGGCAACCGCGCACCAGAGUCAGAGCUCGCUUUGAAGGAGGAGAGAUCUACAGUUUCGUUGCCCGCUCGAGCUCGUCCACCGAACGAACUAUUUUCUCUGCGUUCCAACUACCACGAGCUCAUCCGUCUGGUCGCGUGGGUUCGUCGCUUUGCGCAUAACGCCAGACGUACAAAUCGAGAUUGCCGGAGAACUGGAGAAUUGUCGCACGUGGAGCUACGAGAAGCAUUGACGUUUUUGAUUCGGGUGGCCCAAACAGAAAGUUUUCCCGAAGAAGUAGCGGAUUUGACAAAGGAGAAGCCGAUUCAACCCUCGUCGAAGCUGCUUGCGCUCAACCCUCGGCUGAUAGACGGAGUAAUGCGCGUCGGCGGCCGGCUGACGAAUGCACCAGUUCCUGAGAGUCGCAAGCACCCGAUCAUCCUGCAUCAUCAGCACCCAUUCACCAAGAUCGUGAUGUCGUACUACCAUUGGAUGCUGUAUCACGCCGGUCAGCAGCUGCUGAUCGCCGCAGUCCGAGGGAAGUAUUGGCCAACAAACGUUCGAAGUCUGGCCCGCCAGACGAUCCAUCGGUGCGUAGACUGCUUCAAGACCAAGCCACGUGUGCACGAGCAGCUCAUGGCUGACUUGCCGUCGGUACGCGUCUGUCCUGCAGCAGCUUUUCAGAAGGUCGGAGUAGACUUUUGCGGACCGUUCUACAUCCGAUACCCAAUUCGGCGCAGUGUACCGGUCAAGUGCUUUGUGGCAAUUUUUGUCUGUUUGGUCACGAAGGCGGUUCACAUGGAAGUAGUGGCAGAUUUAUCAACCCAGGCGUUCCUGGCCGCGUUCAAGCGGUUCGUGGCCAUCCGAGGAAAACCACAGCUUGUCAUGUGUGACAACGCUACCAACUUCGUAGGAGCAAAUCGAGAACUGCAGAAGCUACUUCAACAGUUGCUCGAUCAGCUUGCACAGCACACGAUAGUACGCACCGCAGAGGAAGAUGGUAUAGAAUUCAAGUUCAUACCGCCUCGCUCCCCAACUUUGACGAUAGGCAGCAGAACGUUGACGUACGACGAGUUGCACACCGUAGUCCAGCAAAUAGCAGCAAUUCUCAACUCGCGUCCGUUAACUCCGCUGAGUAACGAUCCGGACGAUUUCGACGCUUUAACGCCCGGACACUUUUUGACUGGACGGCCGCUCGCUGCUGUUCCAGAGCCCGAUCUUCAAGAGAUCCCAGAGAAUCGUCUAGCGCUGUGGCAGAGAACUCAAGCGUUCGUACAGCAGAUUUGGAGAAAGUGGAAGACUGAGUACCUGUCGAACCUGCAGAACAGAACCAGAUGGACGAAACAGCGAGAUAACAUCAAGAUCGGAACCAUGGUCCUACUCAAGGAGGACAAUCUGCCCCCGCUCAAGUGGAAAUUAGCACGCGUAGUAGCAGUCUACAAGGGCUCGGACGACAACAUUCGAGUAGUAACCGUCCGCACCCAGGAUGGCAAAUUCGACAGAAGCAUCUCCAAGAUCUGUGUCCUCCCGAUUCAGGACAAUAUCGACGAAGCAGCUGACGAGAACUAG